UUAUUGCAGUCAAAAGCUGGCCCUUUAACAACAUUAACAAGAAGAAGAAUAACACAACACAACCCAUCAAACCUCUCUCAACAACUACACAAAAAGUCCAACCUUUAACCCCACUGGGCCAACCCAAGCUAACCCAAGCCACCUUCCCACUAUUCAACCAUCUUAAAAACCCAAAACCCAGAUAUAGUUUCUCCGCUUAUACACACAAGACUCGAAUUUUUUCUGAUAUUUUUGAGUCUUCUCAGAAAAUGAUAUUAACCUGUUGACCAAUCGAACCAACAAAAACAAUCACCAUGGCUGAUAUGAAUGAUAAGUUAAUGAGGGUAGCAGCAGCUAGCUCAAGUUCAGAUGCUUUGACCACCACGCUUUCUAACUCAAUCCAAGCUUUGGGUCGGGGAUUCGAUGUUACUUCUGAUAUUAGGCUUCUUUACUGUAAAGGGGCACCUGGGUCGAGGCUGUUGCAGUUUGAUGAGGUUCAAACCAGGGAUCUUGUUCUCUGUAAUGGUAUUGUUGUACCCAAUGUUCCAGCUGAUAUUGAUUGCUCUCCGGGCAAGAGAACAACUGAGAAAGUUCCUGUUUGCAACUUCCAUGAGAUGGCAGAGUACUUCAAUAAGAAAUCUGAUAUCUCAGGCAACAUUCCCCUUGGAAGUUUCAAUUCAAUGUUCAAUUUCACUGGUUCUUGGCAAGUUGAUGCGGCAACUACCAAAUCCCUUGCCAUGGUUGGAUACAUAAUUCCUCUUUUUACAGUUAAACUAGAAAAGCCAAAUUUAAUUUUGCGUGAGGAAGUUAAACGAGCUGUUCCUUAUUCUUGGGAUCCUGCAUCAUUGGCAAGUUUUAUUGAGAAUUUCGGAACACAUAUUGUUACAUCUGCAACAAUUGGUGGAAGAGAUGUAGUUUACAUAAGGCAGCACCAGUCAUCUCCUUUGACAGGAUUGGAUAUUGAGAAUUAUGUAAAAGACAUGGGCGAUCAUAGAUUUCAGGACUCAAAUAGCCAGUCAACCGCUGGCCCCUUAAAAUACAAAGACAAGGAUGUUACAGUAAUUUUUAGAAGACGAGGGGGAGACGAUCUUGAGCAAAGUCAUUCCAAAUGGGCAGAGACUGUAGGAUUAGCACCCGACGUGAUAAACAUGACAUUCACUCCCAUUGUUUCUUUACUUGAAGGAGUACCUGGAAUAAAGCAUUUAGCUCGUGCAAUCGAGUUAUAUUUGGAAUUCAAACCGCCUAUUGAAGAUUUACAGUAUUUUUUGGAUUUUCAAAUCGCUCGAGUUUGGGCUCCUGAGCAGAAUAACCUGCAAAGAAAGGAGCCUGUUUGUUCCUCUCUUCAGUUCAGCUUGAUGGGUCCCAAGCUUUAUAUCAGCCCUGAUCAGGUAACAGUUGGCCGAAAGCCAGUCACUGGGCUUAGACUAGGCCUAGAAGGCGCCAAGCAGAACCGACUCACAGUACAUUUGCAGCAUUUAGUGUCUCUUCCCAAAAUCCUCCAACCUCACUGGGAUACACACAUAGCCAUUGGUGCCCCAAAGUGGCAAGGUCCAGAGGAGCAAGACAGCCGAUGGUUCGAACCAAUCAAGUGGAAGAAUUUCUCUCAUGUAAGCACUGCACCAAUAGAGUUCACAGAGUCUUGCAUAGGAGACCUUUCUGGUGUUCACAUAGUAACUGGAGCUCAGCUUGGUGUUUGGGAUUUCGGUGCCAAAAAUGUCUUGCACCUCAAACUUCUCUUCUCCAAAGUACCAGGCUGCACGAUAAGGCGGUCUGUUUGGGAUCACAACCCGGCCGCCCCAUCUUCUGCACAGAAGUCUGAUGGAUCUUCAUCAUCGUCACACGUGAGCAAAACCCCUGAAGAUAAAAAGGAAGAUAUCUCAACACAAGCUGGAAAACUCGCUAAGAUCGUAGACUCGACAGAAAUGUCAAAGGGUCCUCAAGAUAUUCCUGGUCAUUGGUUGGUCACAGGUGCUAAGCUUGGAGUAGACAAAGGAAAGAUUGUGAUGCGAGUGAAGUACUCCCUGUUGAACUACUGACCAUUUUUUUUCUUUGUAUUUUGUAAUUUUAGGAUUUCUCAGUAGGAAUUUUAGUUGAGCAUUCUUUGCACAGGCAGUUCCUGUUCCUGUUCUUUUGUUUUGUUUUGUACAUGUUCAUUUUGUAAACUAUCUUCGGUUAUACUGUCACAAUCAUUAUUUGUCUGA